AGUCAUACACAAGAGGGACAGAACCGGCUGCAGUCUUCUAACACGGUCUGAUCCAGCACAAACAUGAGCACUUCAGUGAGCUGUAAACUGAAUAAACAUGUGAAGCAUCAGUACAUGGAUCUGUGUCAGCAUGAUCAAGUUCAGCUGAUGUACAUCUGGAUCGAUGGAAGUGGAGAAGGAUUGAGAUGUAAGAGCAGAACUAUGGAUUCUCAACCCAAAACCAUCGAAGAACUCCCCGAGUGGAACUUCGACGGCUCGAGCACAUAUCAGUCUGAAGGAUCUAACAGCGACAUGUACCUGAUUCCUCGAGCCAUGUUCAGAGAUCCCUUCAGAAAAGAUCCCAACAAACUGGUGCUGUGUGAUGUUCUCAAAUACAACCGCAAGCCUGCAGAAACCAAUUUGCGUCACACGUGUGUGAAGGUGAUGGACAUGGUGCGGGAUCAGCACCCGUGGUUCGGAAUGGAGCAGGAGUACACUCUUCUGGGCAUGGACGGUCGUCCGUUUGGAUGGCCCUCCAACGGUUUCCCCGGCGCUCAAGGGCCGUAUUACUGUGGCGUGGGAGCUGAUAAAGCUUACGGUCGAGACAUCGUGGAGGCACAUUAUAAAGCCUGUCUGUACGCUGGAGUGAAAAUCUGCGGCACCAACGCUGAAGUCAUGCCCUCACAGUGGGAAUAUCAAGUCGGUCCGUGUGAAGGCAUUGUGAUGGGAGAUCACCUGUGGAUUUCACGCUUCAUCCUCCACAGAGUAUGUGAAGACUUUGGUAUCGUGGCCUCUUUAGACCCCAAACCCAUGACGGGCAACUGGAACGGAGCUGGCUGUCACACCAACUUCAGUACCAAAGACAUGCGAGAGGAAGGAGGAUUGAAACACAUUGAGGCAUCCAUCGAGAGGCUGUCCAAGAGACACAAGUACCACAUCCGUGUCUACGAUCCUAAAGGAGGUCUGGAUAAUGUCAGACGCCUGACCGGCCAUCACGAGACUGCAAGCAUCAAUGAUUUCUCUGCUGGCGUGGCUAACCGUGGCGCUAGCAUCCGAAUCCCACGCCCUGUAGGUCAAGAAAAGAAGGGGUACUUUGAAGACCGUCGUCCUGCUGCCAACUGCGAUCCGUACGCUGUCACUGAAGCUCUCGUACGCACGUGUCUGCUUAAAGAAGACGGUGAAGAGCCUGUGGAAAAGUGAUUUCUUACGGCACAAAUGAGCAAAGGUGGUAGAAAUAAAUCUACAUUGUUUCUCAUUUUGAGUGAUCUGGUGUUAAUGGCUUUUUUACUAAAUAUACUCUCCUAUGAAACCAGAAGUCAUGACUGGUUUUUAUUCACCUCUGUGUGCUCAUAAAAGUUUCUAAGUAUUUUCUCAUUGAUAUUUGCAUUUUCAUAGUAAAAUAUCUCCCAAGCGUGUCAACAAUUUUGACCAGGGUGUAUAAGAGAAGUGUUUAAAUUUAAUGAAAUGUUUGACUAUUGUAGAUUUUUUUUUAUAAUAAUAGAUCAAAAGAUGAAACUGCACAAAUGUAUUUUUUACAGCCUUUGCUUGUAUUUAUCAAGGGUGCCAUAAAUCAUGGAGGGCACUGUAUAUAUAUUCAUUUUCUUCCAUGCUGUUAAUGUCAAUGUGUUUGAUGGACAAUGAACAGUGACGCAAUAAAAAUUGUUAGCAUCCUUAGAAAUCCCUUUGGAUAAGAGUCUGCUAAAUGUAUGUGCGCUGUCCUGUAGCUCAGUGGUAAGAGCAUUGUUAACAACGCAAGGCUGUGUGUUUGAUCCAGCACAUACCCAUGUAUAGGAUAAUGCAAGUCGAAAGCGUCUGCCACAUGCAUAAAUGUAAUAAGUUUGUGUAAGGGCUGUAAUUGUGUGUGUGUGAUCACUAUAGAAAGUUGUGACUUAACCAAAUCAUCUCUGCUGCACUGCUGCAUUUCUCCAGGUGCUUAAUAUGUUAAUGUAGUGCUUACUUCUAUUUCUGCUGCUAUGGCAUUCCUGUGCUAUCUUGGUUGAAGUUUAACACAAAAUACAAUAAAGCUAAAAAAACAGAUCCACCUAUAAAGUAAUAUAAA